AUGGCAGGCAAGGACUUUGAGACCUCUCUUAGGGAUGAUAAUCUUCCUAGCUGCAGCUUUAUGCCUCCAAGUGACUCCUCAUGCGCUGCUACGUUCAUCUCAUAUUCCACCUUCGUCCUACUGGCCAUCAUCGUCCCUUUCUUCGUGACAACCUCCUCCAUGUUCACCAUGUCCCUGAUGAUCACGCAGCCGAUGAUAGUGAAGGCAGCAUCCGGAAGCUGGUGCAGGUGUCUGAGUCACUCCUUGCUUCUAUUUCCUUCUUCACUUUCUCCGGGUUCAUCACAAGGAGUGAUGAUUUCUCUCUCGCGUGUAAACAGCCAUGGCGGCCUCCAUCAACUCCUUUUUCUGGAUGCUUUACAUGAAGAACGUCUCUACGUUCGACGUGCUUACACACGCCACCUUUACAAGGCCUUCCUCUCCCUCACUUCCAUCCUUGUUCCUUCCUUUGUCGUCGAACUCGCUCACAAGAUAGUCUUCUUCAAAACCAUCGACCGCGUAAACAAAAUUACUGCAUUUCCAAUUCCAGUAGAUUUGCCAGUGUUGGCCAGCUCGGCGAUGGUGUCGUGGGUGUACCGUACGGGGGUGACUUGUGAGUUCCAAAUACUUAGAUUUGAAGGGUUUCAUGAGCUCUUGGAGUCGGAGGGUUGUGGGUCGGACGUUGCAGGCCUCAUAUUUGACGAGCACAUGAGGAUUAGAAGGCAGUUAUCGACCAUAAGCCAUCGGUUCAGGUUCUUCAUCAUUGCUUGCUUGGUUACCAUCACAGCCAGCCAGUUGGGUGCAUUGUGGCUCAUUUUCCAAGCUAAAUCUCCCAGGACUUUCUUUAAUUCUGGUGGUCUUCUGGUGCUUUACUGA